UCAUAAUGUCAUUCUCAGAUAGAGUGUCAUGACCGCAAAAUAGAUAAUUCGUCGCUGAAUAAACUUUACCGGCUUAACGGUGUUGGGUUACGUAUAUCCACCGCAGAAAGGUGUCAUUGGACGUCCUAGAUUUCCUGACUUAUAAAUAUCCGAGAUAACACAUAUACAUCUCAUUAUGACAGAGCCUGCGCAGAAGAAAACAGCAAUGUCAUCUCUAGACCAGUUGAAAACAUUCACGACAGUUGUCGCUGAUUCUGGUGACAUCGAUGUCAUUGGACAGUACAAACCAACAGAUGCUACUACGAAUCCGUCCCUCAUUCUGGCCGCGGCCAAAAUGCCUCAAUACAAACAUCUCAUCGACGAUGCUAUCACAUACGCCAAGGCAGCCAGCAAUGACCUAUCUGGACAGCUGGAAGCUGCCAUGGACAAAGUUUUUGUUAACUUUGGAAAUGAGAUCUUAAAAAUUAUCCCUGGACGUGUGUCAACAGAGGUGGAUGCAAGGUUAUCAUUUGAUAAAGAUGAAAUGAUCAAACGAGCCAAGAACUUUAUAGAACUGUAUAAGAAACAAGGUAUUAGCAAGGACAGAAUUCUCAUCAAAUUAUCCUCGACAUGGGAAGGAAUUGAGGCUGCUAGAGUGCUAGAAAAAGAGUAUGGAAUUCACUGUAACAUGACUUUACUGUUUAACUUUCACCAGGCUGUAGCAUGUGCUGAAGCUGGAGUAACAUUGAUCUCACCAUUUGUUGGUCGUAUCUUUGACUGGUUUGUUCAGAAUACAGGUCAAAAAGAGUUUGACUACCUUGAUGAUCCAGGUGUGAAAAGUGUGACACGUAUUUAUAACUAUUACAAGAAGUUUGGCUAUCAAACAGUUGUCAUGGGAGCCUCCUUCCGAAACACCAAUCAAAUCAAAGGUCUUGUUGGUUGUGACCUGCUGACAAUAUCCCCUUCACUGCUGGAUAAACUAUCUAAAUCAACAGAACAGUUUGGAGAACAGCUGAGUGAAAAAUCAGCUAAGAAGUUGGACAUUGACCGUGUUGAUGUUGAUGAGAAAAUAUUCCGAUGGGAGAUGAACGAGGACACAAUGGCGAACGAUAAACUUUCUGACGGAAUCCGAAAAUUUGCAGCAGACGCCUUGAAACUGGAAUCCAUGUUGAAAACAUAUCUUCAGUAGAUAUAAGCAGCAAACGAGAAUGAUUUUUGUAAAGUAGUUAGAAGUUAUUACAUGCAGCAAACAUUUUAUAAGGGAAGGUUUAUCCCUGUUUAGAAUGUACCUUUAAAGCUUAUUGAAUGAUGUUAAAUCAAAAAAAUGUUUUCAUAAAAUGGCAGUUGAAAGUUUGGAAUAUAUUUAAAUUUUGGAAGUGAUGUUUCAUUGAAAUUAGCAAAGUUAGGCAUAAAAUUUGAAAGUUGAAUUAUUUGUGAAAGCCAGUGCACAACAUGUAUAUACAUGUAUAUUUAAGAUUCUUAUGUGUGAUAAGUGGUGUAACUUAAUAGAGAAAUUUAAAUCAUAACUUCAUUUUAGGCCUCUUUUUUGUAUUACUUUUACAUGACACUGUAAUAUUGAUAAUAUUAAGUAUGGUGCUUUAAAGGGUCUAGGGAUAUCUUUUGUAUAUUAUUUUAAAAUGCUUUGUAUAAAAAAUGAAGACAUUAGUUAGUUAUUAAAUUAAAACAAUCAUGUAAAGAGAUGAAUUAAAAAGAGCUAUAAUUUAUUUGAUAAUGUGGACUUUAUAAGGUGAAAUGAAAGCUACAUGUAUAUUCACUUAUAUAUCUGCAACUUGUAUAAUUGAUACUUUACUUUGAUUUUUUCCAUCGAUCUUUGAAGGGACUGUUUAAAAUUCAAAACUGGGCAAAAUUAUGUUUUAUUAAAAGCUGAAGAUUUGCAGGUACAUGUACUUAUUAGAAAAAAGAAAUGUAGACAUUAUAGUGCCAUUGUUCUUCAAAAGUUGGCUUGGUAAUAAUGGGCUCAUUUCGAAAGGGAAAAUUUACAACUCUUGUUCAAUUAGAAAGAAACUUAGCAGUGUGGGACCUGUUUUCUAUCUAUGGUGGCUAUAUAUAGUAUAAGGUGGCCUGUAUACACAAGUUCAACUGGUUUGUUUAGUGUCAUAUUGUUUUUUUUGUCUUUUAUUAAUGGUUUAGAUAAACUGCAUCAGUGAAACUUGGAAAGUUGCCAUAUGACCUAUACUUUUUACCCAAAAGAGAAAAAAAUCUCAAAUAUUAUAUGAAAAUUUUGUGUUCAUUUAAAAAUACCUUUUCAUGCUUAGCAUCUUCAAGUUGACCAUAUAUAAAUAUUCUAUAUCCACUUUAACCACUGCCAUAUUUCUUAAAAAACCUGGGAGCUUUAAAUAUUGUUUCACAGUUAUUGCUUUAUUGUUUCAUAGUUAUUCCCCUUUGCUUUGUUUUUUUUUGUGUAGUCAGGUGCUGUGCAUCUUGUUUUAUUUUCAUGGAUAAACUUUUAUAAAUAAAAAAGUAAAAAUAUAUCAAUAUCAUAUCACAUAUCAUUUUAUAUAUGGCAAUAACGAAGGGAAAUUAACUUUAUGAAUGUUGUAGCCUGUAGGGAAAUUAACUUGAUAGAUUAUGUGGGGCGGUUUACUUGAAAAAUUGUGAAGGGAAAUUGAUUUAAGAAAUAAUGGAGGGCAGUUAACUUAAAAAGAAUUGUGAAUGGAAAUUGAUUAAAUAAAUAAUAACCGGCAGUAAGCAAAAGACAUUUUGAAGGGACAUUAAUUAAAUGAAUUGUGAAGGUUAGUUAGCUAAAUAAAUUUUGAUAGGAAGUUAUUGUGAGAAAUAAUGAAGGGCAGUUAACUUUAUAAAUCAUGAAGAGAAAUUAACUUUAUGAAUUGAGUAGGGCAGUUAACUUUAAAAGUUGUGAAGGGAAAUUAAUUUAAUUAGAACAUGAGGGAAAUUCAGGUGAUGAAUUAUGAAGGAGCUUAACUUUGUUAUUAUUAAUUCUUAAGUAUACUAUUUAUUGCAUUCAGUUUUGACAUGAUGUGAAUAAAACACAGUGAGAAUAUUUACAAUCUUUUUUAAUUACCAUUUUCUUUUCUUGUUUGCAUCAACACAUUUUCACAAAUGAAUAAAUUUCUUAGAAAUUGUUAACUUUUUACAGGUACAAUUAAGACCUUUUAAUGACAUCAUAAAUAUGGUAUUUCACAUUCAUACAAAAUAUCUUUAGUUGACGAAAUGAUUGAUUUUGUUACACCUGUUUCAAAACAAUUUCCUAAGAAGUUAUUUAAUUCUGCACAAUUCUUAUGAAGGGAUUUUUUUCUCAAACUAUAAUUAUAUAAGAUACAUUAUGUAGUUGAAAUUUUUCAUUUGCUACACUUAACUUAGCAUGGUGGUGGCUUUGCUAGAUAGACAUUUUUGAAAUGAUAUUUUCAAAUAAAAAUCUCAGGUUUGUUCAAAUGCAAAAUUAUAAAAACAAACAAAAAAAUGCAAAUAAUGCUUUUAUAAAAUUUGAGGAUUUUUUGGUUUCUAUUUCAUAGAAUUUAGAUAUUUUUACCCUACAUAAAGUAAAAGUACUACUUAAGUUAGGGAGUAAGAUUUUGUUUUAUUGUGCUUCUAAUUUGCUUGACUUUCAGACUAAUUUGAUUAUGAUUAUAUGCAAAUCAUGUGUUAAUCAGAGAAUGUAUAAUAUUCUAAAAAUAAUGAUUUCUGUUUUUUUAUUGAUAUAUAAUGACAAAACUGUUACUGAUUCUUUUGAUUAUCUGUUUCUAGAAAAAAAUAUAUUAAAGAAAUAUAUUUUCUAUGAAA